GAUAUCGCCAGGCCAGGCACCGUAUCCACGAUGUUCCAUACUGGUCAAGUUGCUAUUCAGCUGCCGUCGUGGGAUAUUUUCUACAUUUUCAACAUUAUGUGGUUCUUAGCCGCUACUUCUCGCGAGAAUGGAGGCACUCGAAUCUCCCCAGGAAGCCGUAUGGGGUAUGUUGCACUAGACGCUCCUUUCAACAUCGACGGAACUCUUGCUGCUGAUGGCCUUACCUGCUCUGCUUUAUUAUUCAAAUGUCGUCUACGGUAUGCCGAAGCCGAAUGAGAUGACAUCAGGCGAUUGCCCUGUUAUCCUCGUGUUUUUGGUGAGUCCUUUCAUUCGGCAGGAAGAGAAUACCUUCCUGUCUGUUAGGCCUGAGGUAGAAGCCACAAUGUCAGAUCGAGGCAGAGACUCUUAGGCCACAGUACUACUGGUGCUCUAGGGAGUGUAGAAGGGAAGUCCGAUAGGAAUCUACGUGGAAAGAGUCGAGAAUCUGGUCGGGUCUUUC